CCCAACUCUAAAUUUGUUUUUUAAUUCUUACUUAGACUUGAGGACUUUUAACUCCUAGUAAACAUCUCCUUGCCACCCCGAGGUUUUCUUCGGAUACUAUGUAGCCCGGUUGUCCUUGUCAUGCAGUCCUCAGACAGGAUUACAGCCUUGCUCCUCCGUGCCCAGCACGCAACUGUGUACCGAUGAAUUCAUUUCACCCGGAACGCCCAAAAUGUUUUCUACCCAAACUAGUACUCCCUAGCUCGUUUAGGCUCCUGGUUUACCUCUAAACAUGAAAAUAAACGCCUUAAGAGAACAUUAAUUCACACGGGCACUAUCUUUAAUCCCUUACUCUAUGUGUACCACAUCAUGAGGGUUUGUUGUUGUGGUUGCUUUGUUUUUGACAGUCUCACUACGCAGCCCUAGCUGUCCUAGCUGUGCCAGGGUGCUGGGAUUACAGGACUGUGCCACCACGCCAGGACUUUACAUUUCACGCAGUCAGUCAAACUCAAAAGUUCCAUCGAGUACUAUUAUUCACCUCGGAACUCAGGUAUAGCUCUCAGUCAGGACAUCCCAGAUCUCUGGGAAUUCUUCAAUGUCCCCAAGGCUGUCCGUGUCUAAAUUCAUACCCAGUCCAGUGGGCAGUGCGGGGCUGGAUUGUGCAGGUCCCUCCUUGGGCCGUGAAGAUUUCAGGUCCUCUUCAUGGAGAGUUUUGGUGUUUCGGGAGCAUUGUUUCUCGUUCACUGUAUCAGAACUCGGCUCCGGAGAAAGCUGCCCACCGGUUCAUUGCCGCGGCCGCACACACCCUCCUCGGCGGGAAGGUGGUGACGUCACGGCUAGACGGCCCUGACCUGGUUUCAGACUUGGCGGACCCGAGCGCCCCGGAGGGCAGGGGGGCGGGGCCGGGGUGCUGCCGCUCGCCGGCCGGAGACCAGCGCGGGUGUGAGCGGAGGUGGAGAUCGGCCCACGCAGCUGCCGCAGGGUCAGCACCUCGACCUGAGGAACACCCGCGGGGCGGAGAAGAAAGCCAGGGGGUAUGCUCGUGGGGGGGUGGCCAAACUUCCUGUCCCGCUCUGGAGCUGCUUCCGGCGGGAGCCGGAAGACGCCGUGUGUGUGGACGGAAUUCGGGACUGGCUGACGGACGGCCAGCUGCCCUGGACUGGAAGGUUAAAUUGAUUACCAACCUAGUUCAGCACCUUACAGGAAAAGCAUAAUGUUUCUUAAAGGGAUAUGAGUAUAACAGGAAGGUGUCAUUGACUCUGAAUUAGAUUUGAACCUGUCCCCUGAACAGCUGCAGGAUUUCAGAAGCUGAAUCAAUGUUAUCAGAUGAGUUAGAAUCCAAACCAGAGCUCCUGGUGCAGUUUGUUCAGAAUACCUCCAUCCCCCUGGGACAAGGGCUAGUAGAAUCAGAAGCUAAAGACAUUACUUGCUUAUCCCUCCUUCCAGUGACCGAGGCCUCAGAAUGCAGUCGGCUAAUGUUACCAGAUGAUACUCCAAAUCAUACUAAUUCCUCCAAGGAGGUCCCUUCUUCAGCUGUUUUGAGGAGCCUUCAGGUGAACGUGGGCCCAGACGGAGAAGAGACAAGGGCUCAGACUGUACAGAAGUCCCCAGAAUUCCUGUCCACUCCGGAGUCGCCCAGCCUGUUGCAAGAUCUACAGCCAAGUGACAGCACUUCCUUUAUUCUUCUUAACCUAACAAGAGCAGGUCUGGGCUCUUCAGCUGAGCACUUUGUGUUUGUACAGGAUGAGACAGAGGAUUCAGGGAAUGACUUCCUCUCUGGGGAGAGCGCAGACAGCAGCAUCCCGUGGUUCCUCCGGGUCCAGGAACUGGCCCAUGACAGUUUGAUCGCUGCUACCCGCGCACAGCUGGCAAAGAGCGCAAAGACCAGCAACAGUGGAGAAAAUGUCCACCUUGGCUCUGGCGAUGGGCAGCCCAAAGCUUCUGGGCCCCUUCCUCAAGUGGAGAAGAGACUUAAGUGCACAGUUGAAGGCUGUGACCGGACGUUCGUGUGGCCAGCUCACUUCAAGUACCACCUGAAAACCCAUCGGAACGAGCGCUCCUUCAUCUGCCCUGCAGAAGGCUGUGGGAAAAGCUUUUAUGUGCUGCAGAGGCUGAAGGUGCACAUGAGGACACACAAUGGGGAGAAACCCUUUAUGUGCCAUGAGUCUGGGUGUGGUAAACAGUUCACCACAGCUGGCAACCUGAAGAACCACCGUCGCAUCCACACAGGAGAGAAGCCUUUCCUUUGUGAAGCCCAGGGAUGUGGCCGUUCCUUCGCCGAGUAUUCAAGCCUUCGGAAACACCUGGUAGUUCACUCAGGAGAGAAACCUCAUCAGUGCCAAGUCUGUGGGAAGACCUUUUCUCAGAGUGGGAGCAGAAAUGUGCAUAUGAGAAAGCAUCACUUGCAUCUGGGAACCACUGGGAGUCAAGACCAGGAACAAACUGCCGAGCCACUAAUGGGCAGCAGUUUGCUUGAGGAAGCUUCAGUACCCAGUAAAAACCUGGUGUCUAUGAGUUCCCAGUCCAGCCUCGGUGGAGAGUCCCUGAGUCUACCAAAUACCAAUUCUAUUCUUGGAGUUGACGAUGAGGUGCUUACUGAAGGAUCCUCCCGCCCCCUGUCUGCAGUGACGGGUGUGACACAUCACUUGGUGACCAUGCAGUCGGGGAGGCAGUCCUAUGAAGUUUCUGUCCUGACUGCAGUCAAUCCACAGGAGUUACUAAAUCAAGGAGAUUUAACUGAAAGACAGACAUGAGUAUGCUGACUCCUGGAGGAGCAGCUCUAUCUGCCCCCAGAGUGCAUGAUGGGAACAAGAUCCAAAAGGCUCACAUUCUGCCAGAACUAAAAUGAAUCUGUGAAGGACAAUGACCUCACCCUGCCUCUGUUCAUCUUCCCUGGCAGAGAAGAGGGAUGUCUGAGGGCCUCUCUUCAACCUCCAUCUGAUCCAGACAGAGUGAGGCAGUGACGAAGGCUGGGUACCUGUAGCCGCCUCUCACUCUUCCCACUGCAAAGUUCUGGGGUGGACUUCUCUCAAAAGCAAGUUUAAUGAUGUGUUGGAUGAAGAUUUUCAUUGUGACUGUUCAGGUUUCCCUUUGAAGAGUCUUCAUCCUAGACCCAGCUGUCUUUUCAGAGGGUUGAAUGAUUUCCUGCCUCCAACCACAGAACUUCACCAGGACAUUGAGUUUUCGAGAUGCCUUGUUGCUUUGAAGAAGGAAGUGAUGUCAAUUAUGUUGUGGCAUUUUUCCUUUAGCAACCUGAGUAAAGGACUCUCAGCCACUGGGCUGUAAAAAAAUAAAUUACUUGAAUCUCCCCUUGGCCCAGGCUGAGGUACCAACUUACCCUGUACACCUCGACUCGGUCAUUUUUUGUUUCGUUUGGGACUUAAAAUAGCAUGUUAUGAGGGGGGGUUGUUUAUUUUUGUUUUGUUUAAGUUAAAAACCACAUGAUCUAGAGUUUCAGUUUUCCUUUUAAAUAAACAAAACAACCCAA